UUCACCGUUUUCCUUAUUCGCUCGGAGCGCAAUGCAUUCUGGUACUUGUAGUUAACAACAACACGGCAAUCGGCGCGCUCUUCAAAUCAUUGCAAAUAUCGCUCAAUCGCACUGUACGGCUGUUUACGAUUUAAAAGAUGGAUAACCCUUCAAUUACCAAAGAAACAAAUACAGAUACUUCUUCAAACAAUCGCCCUAGUUUUUUUCAAAACUCUAGCCCGGGGCAACUCGUUGUAUUACAGCAAGAAGAAGUACCAGAGGCUACCAGCAAAAUGGCGGUACGGAGUGACGUUACCUUCGAUGAUAACUUCGUUGAUCUCAGAGAUGGAAGCUGGACCGUUGAUUUGAAAUGUAUGCCUAGAUUUACGGAAAGCCGUUUGAAUGAGAAACUUAUUGAUAACGCAAUGAACAUGCCUGAUCAUAUUGCACCGAAUGCCUACAGAAACAAGCUCCAAGGCUACAAGUUGUGGAAAGAAGGGUACUUGAGCAAAGUGAGGGUCAAACCAGAUGUUGAAUAUGGUUGCGUUACAUUGUUUUUGGUAAAAGCAUUUGUUUCUGCUUCAAUGAAGAGCAUUAAAUACAUAGUUUAUGCACAUUUAGACCAAUCAACAGGAACAGUAGUUAAAGCAAAAUGCAACUGUAAAGCUGGACAAGGUGGUUGUUGUAAACAUGUUGCUGCACUCCUGUAUACUCUUCUGGACUUUUCGAAUUUGGGCCUGCCUUGCGUUCCAGAGGAUUUGACCUGCACUCAGGUGCUUCAAAAAUGGUGUGAGCCUGGAAGAAAACUUAAUUCAACUGUUGCUGUCAAAUUUGCAGACUUGAGCUUUGAGAAAGCUAUGCCUGAAAAAGACAAGUCUUGCAAGCGUAAAAGGCCAGCAGUUUCAGGUAGCCGAACAGAUUUCUGUGCAACCCCUCCAUUUGCAAAGGUUGUUGCCAGUAGUAAAAUUCAAAGUUUGUAUGAAUCUUUAGAGAAGGCUGGGAAAGCCAACUUACUAGCUCAAACUCUGAAAGGCAACGAGUUUAAACCUUGUGACUUUUUUGAACACUCUGGAAAUCCAGCACAAGAAUCAGCACCAUCCAGCAAUUUUAUGGAAAUGUCAUAUGAUAUUUUCAAAAACAUGCAUGCAGAGAUGGAUUCUAGUCUUUUUGCCAAGGCCACUUCAGCCAGUAUAGCCCAUAAUGUUGGAGUCACUUUACAAGAUAUUAAAGUGAUUGAAAAAGAAACAAGAAAACAGGCAAGCAGCCACCGCUGGUUCUUAGAAAGGUCAAAGCGACUGACAUCAUCCCUUUUUGGCAGAAUCUUAAGAAGAAGGGAAAAUGUGUUUCCAAAAUCUAUUCUUGAUCAAAUAGCUAAAAGGGGGGAUGGAACUGGGCCAAAUACAGCAGGGUUACAAUGGGGCAUUGAAAAGGAAAAGGUGGCUUUAGAAAGGUACAAAACAGAAUUCUGCCACCAAGGUAAUGUUGUUGAGUGCGGUCUGAUGAUCAAUCCUAAAUGGCCAUGGCUUGGUGCAAGCCCUGAUGGAUUGAUAAUUCAAGAUGGGAUGCUUGUAGGCGGCAUAGAGAUUAAGUGCCCUUACACAAAAAGGAACUUAACUGUUCAAGAUUCAUGCCAAGAUAAAAACUUUUUCAUGGGAGAUUCAGGAUCUGGGCCAAAUUUGAAAGAAAAGCAUCAUUAUUAUUAUCAAUGCCAAGGAAUAAUGAACAUAAUUGGCCUUUCAUGGCUAGACAUUAUUGUUUAUACUGACAUAGAUAUAUAUGUGCAACGUUUAGAAUGUGACUGUCAUUUUUGGAAAACUGUAAUGUUACCAAAGUUAGCAACAUUUUUUGAAACAUUUAUGUUGAUAUAA